UUGUAGAUUUUGCAUGAGUUAUGUCGUCAUUGAAACGAUCAUCGAAAGUCGGUCAACGGAUUCAUCGUGAACGUCCUCAGGUCUGUCACACUGUUGGAGUCAUACUUAUCAGCCAGAAUCGCGAGCACAGUUUGGUCUAUUGGAAAAGAAGAAGGAUUAUGUUCAGCGUGCUCGAGAUUAUAAUUGCAAGAAAAGGAAACUGCAAAAGCUGCGACAAAAGGCAUUGAAUCGAAAUCCGGAUGAAUUCCAUUUCCAUAUGGUUCGAAGCCAUGUUGAGGAGGAUGGAGUACAUCAUGAGAAUACCCCAGAACCUGAUGAGGAUACAUUGGUUCAGAAGAAGUUAAAGAAUUUAGAAGACCUGAAAUAUGUGAAGCAUCGGCUGACUGUUGAAAAUCAAAAGAUCGCAAAGUUGAGAGCAACCUUACAUUUUGCGGAUACUACAGUCACGAAAAAUACACAUACCAUUUUCGUGGACACGGAAGAAGAAGCAAAAAGUUUUAACCCCGUAAAAUAUUUCAAUACGCCGAAAGAAGUAUUGGAUCGAAGAUAUAAUCGACCGCGUAUUUCUACUCUCCAGGGCAGCACCAUCAUAAACGCUAAAAGAAGAGAUGAUGUAAAGCAAGCAGAUCACGAGCGGCGGAAGAUGUAUAGUGAACUAUUGAAGAGGAUGCAGCGUGCCAAAGAAUUGAAAGUCGUUGUUGAAAAAUUGGAAGUUAGAAGAAAUAUAGCAGAGAGUAAGGGAAAAGAACUGCGGCCCAAGAAGAUAACGAAAGGGGAACUGAUGAAAGCACCAGUAUAUAAAUGGAUUUAUGAACGAAAAAAGUAAUUGUUUUGCUGUUUUUUUCUUGUUCUUUUUGGAUACAAUAAACUUUUAAUGGCUUUAACUCAAUGUUACAUGAUAAAACACUCUGUAAAUGGAUUCAUGAACAAUAAAAAUUGUUUCGAACUUUUCGUUAUUCUGUUCGGAUAUGGCAA